UAUGUGGGAGGAGCGCGUCCGCCCACAAAAGCCACGGCUUUCUCCCCCCGUAUCGUCCCCUCAAAAAAACCAAUUGUACAUGGCGUAAAAAAAAAAAAAGAGGUGGAAUAGGCGUAAAAUACAAAAACACCGGUGAAGGUUUGUUUUUGUUUUUUUCGGUUGCGCGAGAGGACGACGACGAGGCGUCCCCCGUCCACCCCCCCGCGGCGGGAGAGAAACAGCGGCGACGGAGAGAGGGUGUUGUCCUGAUGCUUAAAUGGAAGUGGGUGGGCCUCCGCGGUCACACACUGACAACUUCUCCGUGGACGUUACCGUGACGAGCGCCAAUUUGCUGGUUUAUGGACAGGCUGUCCGGUAAAAGGGACACGCGACCUGGGCGGCGAGGAGGAGGAGGAGGGAGGGAGGGGGGGGCGGACGCGGCCCCGGUGACGUUCACCGCGACCUCCGUUAUCUCCGUUAGUCGGGAGCUGCUUGAUUGCGCCGCGCGCUUUGGCACCGCCCUUCCUGGCCGGUGGGUGGGUUUGUUUUCUAUUUUUUUUCCCUAUUUCGUCAAACGGGCAGAUCCGCCGCGGCCCCCACGGUGCCGAAGACAUAGGCCGUCCUCCGCCUCCUCUGCACCCCGGCCGGCCUUCUACCGUGAACUACACCCUCUCGGUAUAUUAAUGCGUUAUGAGUGACUCCAAGAAGGAAUCAUUGGGAACCGAAGGAGGAAAAGCAUCUAAGAAGGGGAGAAGUUCUGGAUCGCAGGAUUCCUCGCAGCCCUCUCCGUUGGCUCUGCUGGCGGCCACCUGCAGUAAGAUCGGAGGGCAGGGGGGAGCGGAGGGGGCCCAGGCCCAGGUGGGGGCCCAGCAGUUCCAGGUCGGUCAGAUCCAGCUGCAGCCAGGUCAGCUCCAGGGACAGAUAUUGUUGGACACAUCUGGAGGUCAGACCCUGGUGCCCCAGCAGCUGGAACUGGUCCCAGCUCAGUUCACGGGGAACGGCUGGCAGAUCCUUACAGCAGCACCUACUAUGGCCAAAGAGAACACCAAUCAGCCUGUUGCUGUGACAGUGGCCACCACCUUGGCUAAUGACAGCUCACCGGGUGGACGCAAGGUGAAAACAUUGGGUGGAACCAACUGCGUGGCCUCCAACCAGCAGCAGUUCCAGAUCAUCCAGGUCCAGAACCUGCCAAAUGCCGGGGGCGGGGUCCAGUAUCAGGUCAUCCCUCACCUGCAGACGGCAGAUGGGCAGCAGAUCCACAUCAGCCCACAUCAGACAGCCUCCAUCGGGACUGUACAGGAGCAGGUCCAGCUCAUCCAGACCCAGAGCUCCGGCCAGACCCAGGCUAUCCUCCAGCCAGCCAACCAGCAAGCCAUCCUGACGAGUACAGCCAACCAGACGGUGCCGCUGCAGAUCCGCCCUGCCCAGUCGUUCCCGCUGCAGCUGCAGGCUCUGCAGGGCUCCCAGACUCCUGUUAUGACCACGGUUCCCAUAAACCUUGGUGGCAUGACCCUGGCUUUGCCGGUGAUAAAUAAUGUUGGAGGGGGCGGGACCGUGCAGCUUAUCCAAUCAGCAGAUGGCACAUUCUCUGUUGCCAAUGGCAACCAGCUGAUGACAACAGCAGCCCCUGCCACAGCGACGAGUGGCUCGGCGGUGGUAGCCGAAGGUGACAGCAUGUCUGAUGUGACGCAUGUGGUUUCGGUUGGAUCAGAGGGUGGACCAGCUGACAGCCAAGUACAGAGCAGCGAGGCCGACUCUCAAAGCCAGAGCCAGGCCAACGGUCUACAGAACCAGAUUGAUUCAGCCGGAACCAUUCAGCAAGUGAUAGUGGGACAAAUGGGGCACCAGCUGGUGCAGCAGAUCCAUCUGCAGCCUCAGAGUCAGGCCCAAGUGCAACAGCAACCUCAGCACAUUCAGACCAUCCAGCUGGCCCCAGGACAAACCCUGCAGCCCAUCCAGGCCUUCCAGAACCAAGCCCAGGUCCUCAUCCGUACUCCAACCCUCUCCCCGUCAGGGCAGAUCACCUGGCAGACACUGCAGCUCCCCGGCGGCGUCUCCCUGCAGGGCGGCCUCGGGGCAGCAAUGCCACAGCAGCUGACGCUGGCCCCCAUGGCCGGUGGGACGACAGUGGGGAGUGGAGGGCUGGUGUCCCUGAGUGGAUCUCCCCUGACGCUGAGCGCAGCCCAGAUCAACCCGGGGUCCGGAGUACAGACAGUCAGCAUCGCGGGGCUCGGCACCGCUGGCGUUCAGGUGCAGGGUGUUCCCCUCACUAUUACCGGUCUACAGGGUCAACCACAGGGUCAAGAUGGGGUCAAAGUUCAAUCGUCUCCAGUCACAGUCACUGUCGGCAAUGUGGCAUCGGGCUCAUCCAUGAGUCCGGAUCAGCUGGGCUCAGUGCAAAGUUCCUCGGACCAGGAAGGGCCGCCCAGCAAGAGGCUUCGUCGCGUCGCCUGCUCUUGUCCGAACUGCCGGGACGGAGAGGGAAGGAACAGCGGUGACCCCACGAAGAAGAAGCAGCACAUCUGCCACAUGGAGGGAUGUGGGAAGGUGUACGGCAAGACAUCUCACCUGAGGGCUCACCUGCGCUGGCACACCGGCGAGAGGCCGUUCGUCUGUAACUGGAUCUUCUGCGGCAAGAGGUUCACCAGGAGCGACGAGCUGCAGAGACACCGGAGAACACACACAGGAGAAAAGCGUUUCGAGUGUCCCGAAUGCUCCAAGCGCUUCAUGCGCAGCGACCACCUCUCCAAGCACAUCAAGACCCACCAGAACAAGAAGGCCGGCGCCGCCGUGGCAAUCAUCACCACUGACGACAUGGAGGACGACGCCCCCGAGGGCAUGGACGCCUCCCCCCAGAUUGUCGCUGUGGCAACCCUCUCACGUGACUCUGACCCUGCUACGCCCACCACAUCUAAUCACAUGGAGGAGGAAGAGGAGGACGGGGGGGAGUUUCAAUAAGCAACUGACUCCUGUUUGCCGAAGGCCUACUUCCUGUCUUUUUGGGAGUCUUUGCAGGGACUGGAGGGGGGGUGACUACUUUUUCUUUAAAAAAAAAAAAAAAUCCUUUAAUUUGACAUUUAAAAAAUGUUCUCUCAUGAAAAAGGGACUCAAAAGAGACGUGAUCAUGCGAUUAACAGAAAAUGAAUAAUAUAAACAUCACAAUCUAAAAAUAACUAACAUAGUAAUAAUAACAAAUUUAGCAUAAACAAAUGAAGGAUUAGUUUGGCAUUUAUAAAAUUCAUUUAUACUAAUUCUAUUCACAGUGGGGAAAGGAAUGCAAAAAGUGUCUAGAUUAGCACAAGAGUAGCCUGCUGAAUCUGAAACCAUCCAACACGGAGGGACGUUUCCUUAAAUCGCAACAGAAUCUAACUCUAUGCACAAAGUGUUUGUGUUCCUGUUUCAUACCUGGGCUGAGAGUCAAUCAUGGUACAGGACUGUUGCGGAGCAGCGAUAGAGCAGGGGCAGUCUGGGAUUGUGUGUGCGUGUGUGUGUGUGUGUAUGACCUCUGUGAACAAGUGUGUGUGUGUGUGUCUGAAUUCCCUCGCUGUUACAAAGAGGAUCUACCUAAUUUGAGUUAUAUUCAUGGUUCAGGUUUAGUCCUCAGACCAGAUUCAGGUGUUGAUUCCUCCGAGACCAGUCUACGGAUAAACUGUUAUUGAAGAGAAGGAAAUUCUAAAAAAAAUAAAAUAAAAAAAAGUAGAAAAAAGCACAUAAAAAGAUUUAUAAAUAAUGCAUUCCUAUUGAGGCACAGUGGCCAUUAGACAAAAAAAGGUUUCUAUAGAGAAAAACAAUCUAGCUUUCUACAACUUUGUUUGUGUGGUGAAAGCAAUACUAUAAUGACAAUCCCAGUGAAACCAUGUUUACAUUGUCAGGGGAAGUUCUCUGUUGAUAAAACAAGCCAGAGUAGUGAGAACAUGUGAGAGCUGCUGCUCUGCAGAUACCACAGGGUGGCUUCUAACAUCACGGCCAGAGUCUAUCCGAUGCCCGUUUGUCUAUAGAAUUUUUCUAGAAUACAUUUCCACCAGGUGGUACCUGCCGGACGGAACGACAGUGUGCCCGAUGUUGCUCAUGCGCCCCACUGUGCUCCGGUGCCCCCACCAUCCCCCCACCCCUCUGGGCCUCCGUCGCCGCUACGUGACCGAUGUGCCGCCAUUGCCUUAACACAAGCUGUCGCACGGAGGGAACCUUCGGAGCUGGCUGGGGGGAGAACGAGGGGGGAGCUCCGCUGCAUCGUAGCCGGGGAGAGACGGAGAGCACAGGAGGCGGGUGCAGGGGGAGGAGGGGGGGGCAAGAGGGUCGGGCUGCUUCGCUGUGUGGAUAUUACGGGAUGUUUUCUGGUGGUGUUGCUCUGUGUUAGUUAAGUGCGUACAUUCCUUUCAAAAUUGAAUGAUGCUUUUAUUUUAUAGAAUUCAUCGGUUGUUUCCCCACACAGCCCACUGUGUACGGCUAAUUUAUUAUUUAUCCUUGAGUUGUACUAUUUGCCUUCUGCUGGACUUGUAUUUGUGUGUAUUGAUUCUGAGGUUGUGUACAGCAUGUUUGAGUUUUUUGCCGUAGUGCUGCUUCUCUCUUCUUUAAUCUUUGUGCUUCGUUUUUUCUUUUUUCUACGUCUGACCAUUGCUGUUUUUUUCUUCUUCUUCUCUUUGCGCCAUAAUGUUUUUUGGGAGGAAAAUAACAAAAGAAGAAGAAAGCAAAAAAAAGUUACAAUUCUUUAAAGUUGAAAAGGUUGAUACCAAACGAAUUUAGAUGUUUUUGGUAAUAUUUUGUGUGAUGACCAACUUUCUUUCUUUGAUAUUUUGUAGUGACAUCUCAUAUGUAAAUCUUUUUCUAAAAAGAUGUUUGUCUCCAUAACAUUUGAUAAUGGGUUUUUGCCAGGUUAGCCUCAAAGGCCUAAGUUUAUUGAUAUUUUUAAAACUGGUUUGUACAAAUGUGUUAUGUCAAUAAAAUUUAAAAAAAAUAGAAGAACAACUUUAAGCAGAAAAGAUGCUUUGCCUAAUUAACACUUGACAAUAAAGUGAUUAAAACGGUCGUAAUUUCA